UUCAGCCAGAAGAAAGAGAAGGAAUAAUAUCAGAUGAAUCUGAUGUAUUCAAUGAACUCAUGAAUGCUGGAGGUCAAGCAAGAGAAGCUGCAGCUAUGAUUGCGUCCCUGAAAGCAUCUGUUAAAGAAUUUCAGACGAAAGAAAUGCUCUCUGCUGAAGAUGCAGCAUUAUUGCAAUCAAAACAGGAUGAACUCAUGGCAAAGCUUGGUGAAUUUGGAGCUCUGACAAUUAGGAUACAAACCCUUUUAAAACUUAGUCAUCUGACAGAGUCUCAGCUAUGCCUGUUGGAGGGCCCACGUCCUGGUGAAGAGGAGGAGACAUUUGAUUUGGAAAUUGAGGAUGAAAGUCUUCCUAAAGUAAUAAUUUGUGGUUCCGAAGAUCAUAUUCCAAGAAUUGUUGUUUGUGAGCCUACAGUGAAGAAAGAAGAACCUUUACUGAAGUGUUGUUGUGCUAAGCAUCCAAUACUUCUUGGAGGUAUUGGUGGUGAUACUGCAGGUUACAAAGGAGACAUCACAAUGGAUUCCCUUUUGAAGCAGUUAAGUAGUCUGCAGCAAGAAAUGAAGCUGAUAACUGAAGAAAACAAUUUUCUGAGCAAAAAGUUGUCUGAAAUUACUGACAAGACAAGAUGCAGUGUCUGCAAUAAACCAAAACCUCUUUGUCGCUGUGAUAAACCAACAGCUCCUCCAGUAUGUUGUGGAUCAAAACCAGUACCUCCCAGCUGUUGUCCACCGAAACCAAAGCCUGUAUGUAACUGCCCACUUCCACAGAAGCCUCCAUGCCUCUGUUGUCCACCUUGUCAAUGCUCUGGACCACCAAAUAUACCUUGCUGCUGUGGGGGAUCUGCUACAAUUCCUAAAGGACCUGUUCAGUCAACAUGUCCAGUAGUACCUAAACCAGAGCCGCUUUGUGCAUGUUGUAAACAAGCAGACAAAAAGGACAGCUCUGCUGCCAUUGCACAAAUGGAAACUCGCCUAAGGAAUAUGAUCACUGAUGUCAGCAAAAUGCAAUGCCAACUGCGAGAGCUUCAGCAGCUGCGUCAAAAAUUAGAAGAAGAAAAAUCAGAUUUAUGCCCUUGUUUUGAUGAGCUGUUUUGAAUAAA